AUGUACAACACAAGACUAGAUUUUGCUCAACUUUUUCUUCAUCAGGCUCGUGAUGAAGGUUAUUAUGGAAAUCAUGGGAUCUCCAUUCCUAUUCGUGGCCUCUCUUCAAAGAUCAUCAAUGUUGCUCCUACUGAAGAUGAUUUGCAUAUUGCUGUAAGGAUGCAAAAAUGGAUUGACAAACCAUAUCUGGUGGAAUCCUUUGACUCUGAAGAAGAGGAUGAGGAUGAUAAUGAUGUUGUGCAACGUGGAUCAAAUCCACCUCUAGUGGUAACUGCUGAGCCUUUGAUCCAAGAUGAGAUCUCUGCAAGACUAGCAUUUCCUUCUCCUCUAGUUGAGAAUGUUCCUCCUAUGCUAAAACCUAUUCAAACUACUACACUUUAUCACGGGGAAUCAACCUCCAACUUUGAAAAAAUUAUACUCUCCCAACUUUCUCUACUAGUGAAAAUAACUCAGUAG